AUGCAGGAGACUUCCUUUUAAGUUUUGCCAUACUUGUUUCUGGAGGAUCUUCCACCAAAGUGAUCAACAUGUUUCGACACAUGGGGCUUGCUACAAUAUCUAAUGAGUCUUUCUAUAGACACCAAGUGAAAAUGGUGCUUCCGACAAUCUUUCUUCACUGGAAAGACUAUCAAAGAAAGAUUCUUGAUAGAUUACAGGCUCUGGAAUCAAUUACCAUUUCUGGUGACGCACGACAUGACAGCAUGGGUCAUAGUGCAAAAUAUGGUGCUUAUACAAUAUUUUGUUGUACUUCAGCUGAAAUAAUCGAUUUUAGUUUGAUCCAGAGAAAUGAGGUUGGAAGCAGUGCUAUUCGGUGCUAUUCGGUGCUGGUCGCUAUUCAGUGCUUGUUCGCACUCUUCUAUUUCCGUGCAACACUGACACUCUUUAACAUUGUGAAGAAGCUCAACUCGACAAUUGCCACAUUUACACCUUAAAACGUUAUUUUCAAAACUUAAUAAAGAAGCUCUGUACUGUAAAUUUCAUUUAAAAGAAAUCCCGAUGAAUUAUAUUACAAAACCAUCAAAUAA